UUCAUUCAUCGAUUUGGUGCUGCACUUGGGGCCUCGUCGCCGUUUAAUUUUUAAUAAUUAGUCGUAUUAGAAAGUUGUAAUUAUCCCUUGACAUCAUGGGAGACUCCCUAGAUGGGAGUGAAAAUGCCCCGGAGGCUCAAAACGUAGUUGUAGUGGAUUUCCAAGAUUUUGCGAACUACUUGCGCCGAGCUGCAACGGUACUUUUGCCCGAGGAUGACAUCGUUCCACCGGCGUUGAAUGCUGCACUCGACGACAAAGUGAAUCAAGAUUGCAUUCGGAAAUUCAUUUCGGACCCACAAGUGCCGUCGCUGUACGUGCAGCGAUUUUCACUUAAAGAGGAUGAAAGUGAACAACCAACAGAGGGUGAAGAAGAAAAAGAAGCUGUCUCGUACCAAAUUACCAAUGAGGUACAUUUCACAUCCCCGCAAUGUGCAGCAUUUGUCUGCAUCAAGCGCGGUGCUGUCAUUGAGGCUGACAAGUCCAUCCAUAGUCAGAUGCGUCUCAUCAAUCUCUCUGAUGGUUCCCCUUACGAGACCCUCCAUGCUUUCAUCAGCAAAACCAUGGCCCCGUUCUUCAAAAGUUAUGUUAAGGAGAGUGGCCGAGCUGACAGGGAUGGAGACAAGAUGGCACCUUCAGUGGAAAAGAAGAUUGCUGAGUUAGAAAUGGGUUUGCUACAUCUUCAGCAGAAUAUUGAUAUCCCUGAAAUAACACUUCCAGUCCACCCAUUAGUUGCUGCUGUUAUUAAAAGGGCUGCCGAUGAAGGCCGCAAGCCUCGCGUAGCUGACUUCGGCGAUAAAGUUGAAGACUCCACCUUCCUCAACCAGCUGCAAAAUGGUGUCAAUCGUUGGACUAAGGAAAUUCAAAAGGUUACAAAAUUGGACAGAGAUCCGUCUAAUGGUACAGCUUUACAAGAGAUAUCAUUUUGGCUCAACCUUGAAAGGGCACUUCAUCGCAUCCAAGAGAAGAGAGAAAGUAUUGAGGUUGCCCUAACACUGGAUAUUCUUAAGUAUGGCAAGAGAUUCCACCCUAUUGUAUCAUUUGAUACUGACACAGGACUUAAACAAGCCCUUGCCACAGUCUCAGACUACAAUCCCCUGAUGAAAGACUUCCCUAUCAACGAUUUGCUUAGCGCAACUGAACUUGAGAGAAUUAGACUUGCUGUGCAACAAAUCUUUUCACAUCUACGCAAAAUUCGGUCAACGAAAUAUCCUAUUCAGCGUGGUUUGAGACUUGUUGAAGCUAUCUCACGAGAUUUGGGCCAACAGUUAUUAAAGGUUUUGGGAACUCGUCGAUUGAUGCAUAUUCCAUUUGAAGACUUUGAGCGUGUUAUGACCCAGUGCUUUGAAGUAUUCUCUUGUUGGGAUGACGAAUACGAAAAAUUACAAGGCCUUUUAAGAGAUAUAGUAAAGAAGAAGCGCGACGAGCACCUGAAGAUGGUGUGGCGCGUGUCGCCGUCGCACAAGCGGCUUCAGGCGCGCAUGGAGCACAUGCGGCGCUUCCGCAGGCACCACGAGCAACUGCGGACCGUCAUGCUGAGGGUUUUGCGUCCCCGCGCCGCCGCUGCUACGGAAACGGGCGCGGCGGGUGAACCAGCUCAACCACACUCGCUUACGAUGGACGCUGCAGAUGCUAAUGCCAUCGCUGAGGUGAACUUAGCGUAUGAGAAUGUGAAAGAAGUAGACUGCUUGGACAUCUCUCGUGAAGGAUGCGAUGCGUGGGAAGCGGCCGUGCGACGCUAUGAAGAUAGAAUCGAUCGCGUUGAAACCCGCAUAACGGCCCACCUCCGCGACCAACUCGGCACGGCUAAGAACGCGAACGAAAUGUUCCGCAUCUUCUCGCGCUUCAACGCUCUGUUCGUGCGCCCGCACAUCCGCGGCGCCAUCCGCGAGUACCAGACGCAGCUCAUACAACGCGUCAAGGACGAUAUCGAAGCCUUGCAUGAGAAGUUCAAGGUUCAAUACCCCCAAUCGAAGUGCAGUCGUCUGUCAUUGGUGCGCGAUUUGCCACCAGUCGCAGGUUCUAUAAUUUGGGCCAAGCAAAUUGACCACCAACUAACUGCCUAUUUAAAGCGAGUUGAAGACGUACUUGGAAAGGGGUGGGAAAAUCACAUUGAAGGACAGAAACUAAAGGCCGACGGCGAUAGCUUCCGUCAAAAACUAAAUACUCAAGAAGUUUUUGAUGACUGGGCUCGUAAGGUACAACAGCGCAACUUGGGUGUAUCCGGACGUAUAUUCGCAAUAGAAUCCGUGCGCGCUCGUUCCAGCAAAACUGGCACUGUUCUGAAACUGAAAGUCAACUUCUUACCUGAAAUCAUCACACUGUAUAAGGAAGUACGGAACCUUAAGAACUUGGGAUUUAGGGUGCCCCUUGCGAUCGUCAAUAAAGCACACCAAGCGAACCAACUCUAUCCGUUCGCGAUAUCGCUUAUCGAAAGUGUACGCACUUACGAACGCACGCUCGAAAAGCUAAAUAAUAGGAAUCAUACGAAGAUACGCGACAAGGCUUCUAUCAUUCCGCUGGUAGCCGGCCUCCGCCGUGACGUUCUAUUUCAAGUGUCAGAAGGUAUGGCUCUCGUGUGGGAAUCAUACAAACUGGACCCGUACGUGCAGAAGCUUAGCGAAGUUGUACUUAUCUUCCAAGAAAAGGUGGAAGACCUUCUAGCGGUAGAAGAGCAGAUAUCUGUGGACGCUCGGUCGCUCGAGACGUGUCCGUACUCAGCCCAAAGCUUGGCGGACAUCCUGAGUCGACUGCAGCGGGCAAUUGACGAUCUUUCCCUACGCCAGUACAGCAACUUGCAUCUGUGGGUGCAACGCCUUGAUGAAGAGGUUGAAAAAAGCCUCGCUGCACGUCUUCAGGCCGGUAUCGAGGCUUGGACCGCGGCUUUGCUCGGCAAGACCAAUGAACUGGACCUCUCGAUGGACACGUAUUCACCCGCUGAGCCCACGCACAAACCUGGUGGAGAGCCUCAGAUCGCUCGCGUGGUCCACGAAGUCCGCAUCACAAACCAGCAGAUGUACCUUUUCCCGUCGCUGGAAGAGGCGCGUUUCCAACUCAUGCGCCAGAUGUUCGCCUGGCAAGCCAUCGUCACCAGCCAGCACCGGCUGCAAAGCACCAGAUAUCAAGUAGGAGUGGCGCGUGCGCAAACCGCUACGUACAGAAACUUGCUCACAAAGCUGCCCGGCGGUUCUUCACCUCUAGAAAAUGCCUACGACGCCAUCGAACAAAAGAUAUCGCAAGUGCGUGAAUAUGUCGACGAAUGGCUGCGUUACCAAGCGCUAUGGGAUCUCCAACCGGAAAGCUUGUAUGGACGUCUCGGGGAAGACAUCACCCUAUGGAUCAAGUGUCUAAACGACAUUAAAAAAUCUCGUACGACAUUUGAUACGUCCGAUACCCGUCGCGAAUACGGGCCCGUUGUGAUCGACUUCGCUCGCGUGCAAAGCAAAGUUGCGCUGAAAUACGACGCUUGGCACAAAGAAGUUCUCGGCAAGUUCGGCGCUCUGCUGGGCGGAGAGAUGGUGCAGUUCCACGCAAGGCUUGCCAAGUCCAGAGGACAACUUGAACAGCAAACUAUUGAAGCAGCUUCCACUAGUGAUGCGGUUUCUCUUAUCACUUACGUGCAACAACUAAAGAGAGAAGUCUUGGCUUGGGAGAAACAGGUUGACAUUUACAGAGAGGCCCAGCGUAUUCUGGAAAGGCAACGAUUCCAAUUCCCAGCCCAGUGGCUUCAUGUCGACAAUAUUGAAGGCGAAUGGAGCGCUUUCAAUGAAAUCAUGCGCAGGAAGGAUUCAUCCAUUCAAACUCAGGUCGCAUCCCUCCAACAAAAGAUCGUAGCUGAAGACAAAGCCGUCGAGGCUCGAACUCUCGAGUUCCUCGCUGAAUGGGAACGCAGCAAGCCCACUGACGGCUCCACUAGACCUGAGGAUGCCUUAACUAGACUCCAGGCUAUGGAGACUCGAUACACCCGCCUCAAGGAUGAGAGAGACAAUGUUGCUAAAGCCAAAGAGGCGCUGGAACUGCAUGAUACUGGCAGCUCAGUGAACAAUGAGCGUAUGACGGUGGCUCUGGAAGAACUGCAAGAUUUGCGCGGAGUGUGGUCCUCACUCAGCAAGAUAUGGACACAGAUUGACGACAUCAGGGAGAAGCCCUGGCUUUCCGUGCAGCCUAGAAAACUGAGGCAACAACUGGAAGCAAUGUUAAAUGAAUUGAAGGAGUUGCCAGCUCGGCUGCGUAUGUACGACAGCUACGAAUAUGUCCGCAAACUACUUCAGUCGUAUACUAAGGUCAAUAUGUUGAUCGUUGAGUUGAAAUCCGAUGCUCUGAAAGAGCGUCAUUGGCGCCAACUGUGCCGCGCCCUCAAAGUGGAUUGGUCCCUUUCCGAGUUAACUCUUGGUCAAGUGUGGGACGCCGAUUUGCUACAUAAUGAACACACUGUGAAAGAUGUGGUAUCCGUUGCUCAAGGAGAAAUGGCACUUGAAGAGUUCUUGAAACAGGUUCGCGAAUCCUGGCAAAGCUAUGAGCUAGAUCUUAUCAACUAUCAGAACAAAUGCAAGAUUAUCCGAGGCUGGGAUGACUUAUUCAACAAAGUUAAAGAGCAUAUCAACAGUGUGGCUGCCAUGAAACUUUCCCCGUACUAUAAGGUCUUUGAAGAAGAGGCGUUAACAUGGGAAGAGAAAUUGAACCGUAUCAACGCACUAUUCGAUGUAUGGAUCGACGUACAGCGCCGCUGGGUGUACCUUGAAGGCAUCUUUAGUGGCUCCGCUGAUAUCAAGACUUUGCUGCCAGUCGAGACUAGCCGUUUCCAAAGUAUUAGCUCGGAAUUCCUGGGCCUGAUGAAGAAGGUGAGCAAAUCGCCGAUGGUGAUGGACGUGCUCAACAUCCCAGGCGUACAGCGUUCGCUGGAGCGCCUGGCUGAUCUCCUGGGCAAGAUACAGAAAGCGCUCGGCGAAUACUUGGAGCGCGAGAGAAGCAGCUUCCCGCGUUUCUACUUCGUGGGCGACGAAGACCUGUUGGAAAUCAUCGGUAACAGCAAGAACAUCGCCCGUCUUCAGAAGCACUUCAAGAAGAUGUUUGCCGGCGUCGCAGCCAUCAUUCUCAACGAAGAUAACACUAUCAUCAACGGUAUCGCGUCCCGCGAGGGUGAAGAGGUGUAUUUCACAUCGCCGGUAUCAACGGUAGAGAACCCGAAGAUCAACUCGUGGCUUUCCAUGGUGGAGCGGGAAAUGCGCGUCACGCUCGCGUGUCGCCUCAAGGACGCCGUGGGCGAGGUCAAGCAGUUCAAAGACGGAGACGUUGACGCGCAGAAGUUUAUUGACUGGUGUGACAAAUAUCAGGCGCAAAUCGUAGUUCUAGCGGUCCAGAUCCUGUGGUCGGAGGACGUGGAGGCCGCUCUGGUGGGCGGCGGCGGUGACGCGCUGGGCCGAGUGCUGCAGCACGUUGAACACAUGCUCAACAUCCUCGCUGACUCUGUGCUGCAAGAGCAACCGCCUCUGCGAAGGAGGAAACUGGAACACCUCAUCAACGAGUUCGUCCACAAGCGUACGGUGACGCGACGCCUCAUCGCAUCGGACGUCAACAGCCCGCGAUCAUUCGAGUGGUUGUGCGAGAUGCGCUGCUACUUCGACCCCAGAAACAACGAUGUAUUACAACAGCUGACCAUCCACAUGGCAAAUGCCAAGUUUCUGUACGGCUUCGAAUAUUUGGGUGUCCAAGAUCGCUUAGUCCAAACGCCAUUGACAGACCGCUGUUAUCUUACUAUGACUCAGGCUUUGGAAGCAAGACUUGGAGGUUCUCCAUUCGGACCCGCGGGUACUGGUAAAACUGAGUCGGUAAAAGCUCUCGGCAACCAACUCGGUCGAUUCGUUUUGGUGUUCAACUGCGACGAAACAUUCGACUUCCAAGCUAUGGGAAGAAUCUUCGUUGGUCUUUGUCAGGUUGGAGCUUGGGGUUGCUUUGAUGAAUUUAAUCGUCUGGAAGAAAGAAUGCUUUCGGCCGUUUCGCAGCAAGUACAGACCAUACAGGAAGCGCUCAAGAGUCACCAAGAAGGUGACAAUACUAGCAAAUCCAUAACGGUGGAACUAGUAGGCAAACAGGUCCGCGUGAGCCAAGACAUGGCGAUAUUCAUCACAAUGAACCCGGGCUACGCCGGCCGCUCCAACUUGCCCGACAACCUCAAGAAGCUCUUCCGCAGUCUGGCGAUGACCACUCCAGAUAGGCAACUUAUUGCAGAAGUCAUGCUGUUCAGCCAAGGGUUCAGAACUGCAGAGAAGCUGGCUUGCAAGAUUGUACCAUUCUUCAAGCUUUGUGACGAACAGCUUUCGAACCAAUCUCAUUACGACUUCGGCCUGCGUGCCCUUAAAUCUGUAUUGGUAUCCGCUGGUAACGUCAAGCGUGACCGCAUUCAAAAGAUAAAGGAAAAUCUAAUCGAGCGCGGAACAGAAGUACCCGAUGAAGCGUCAAUCGCAGAAUCACUCCCCGAGCAAGACAUCCUAAUACAGUCAGUAUGCGAGACAAUGGUGCCCAAAUUGGUAGCUGAGGACAUCCCACUGUUGUUCUCGUUGCUAAACGAUGUAUUCCCUAACGUGGGCUACACUAGAGCCGAAAUGACUGGUUUGAAAAAUGAAAUUCGCGCUGUCUGCGCUGAAGAAUUUUUAGUUUGCGGUGAAGGAGAUGAACAUGGCAAUACAUGGAUGGAAAAGAGGCGCAGCGCUGCCUCGCGCGCUCAACACAGCACGUGGAUCGAGAAGGUUCUACAAUUGUACCAAAUCUGCAAAUUGAAUCAUGGGCUGAUGAUGGUUGGACCGUCUGGAAGCGGUAAAUCUACUGCAUGGCGUGUACUACUUAAGGCUUUGGAAAGGUACGAAGGUGUAGAAGGCGUAGCACAUGUUAUUGAUCCUAAAGCAAUGUCCAAAGAAACAUUAUAUGGUGUAUUGGAUCCUAACACUCGUGAAUGGACGGAUGGGUUGUUUACCCAUAUACUGAGAAAAAUCAUCGACAAUGUCCGCGGUGAGAUCAACAAACGUCAAUGGAUCAUUUUCGACGGUGACGUGGACCCCGAAUGGGUGGAAAACUUGAACUCCGUGCUUGAUGACAAUAAGCUUCUUACUUUGCCCAAUGGCGAACGUUUGUCUCUUCCACCGAAUGUGCGCGUCAUGUUUGAGGUGCAAGAUUUGAAAUAUGCCACCUUAGCUACAGUAUCUCGCUGUGGCAUGGUAUGGUUCUCUCAAGAUGUACUCUCAACUGAAAUGAUCUUUGAAAACUAUCUACUGCGCUUAAGAAAUAUUCCUUUAGAGGAUGGUGAAGAGGACUCCUUCAGCAUUGUGAUGGCAGCACCAACAGCUGGUGGAGACCAGAAUGCUACUGAAAACAUCUUAUCACCAGCACUACAGACGCAGCGUGACGUAGCAGCGUUCCUGCAACCGUUGUUCUAUGGCGACGGUUUGGUAGUAAAAUGUUUAGAGCGUGCGGCGACCCUCGACCAUAUUAUGGACUUUACAAGACACCGAGCUUUAUCCUCACUACAUUCUAUGCUUAACCGAGGAGUCAGGAAUAUCCUGGGCUACAAUCGCCAACAUCCCGAUUUUCCGAUCACCAAUGAACAACUUGAGGCCUAUGUCCCAAAAUGGCUGGUCUAUUCCUUGCUGUGGUCAUUCGCCGGCGACGCCAAACUCAAGGAUCGUAACGAAUUGGGUGAUUUUAUAAGAUCAGCAAGUACCAUGCAGUUGCCCAACUGUGGACCCAAUCAACAUAUCAUUGACUUCGAGGUGUCCAUAACCGGCGAAUGGGUGCCUUGGUCCGCGAAAGUGCCUCAGAUUGAGGUCGAGACUCACAAAGUGGCCGCCCCGGACAUAGUCGUUCCGACACUGGACACCGUACGACAUGAAGCCCUUCUAUACACGUGGCUCGCCGAACACAAGCCACUCGUCCUCUGUGGUCCGCCCGGGUCUGGUAAGACCAUGACUCUGUUCUCUGCGCUACGAGCUCUGCCGGACAUGGAGGUGGUCGGCCUCAACUUCUCGUCUGCUACAACUCCAGAGCUGCUGCUCAAGACCUUCGACCACUACUGCGAGUAUAGAAAAACGCCCAACGGAGUCGUUCUGGCGCCUGUACAGCUCGGCAAAUGGCUGGUAUUGUUUUGCGACGAAAUUAACUUACCGGAUAUGGAUCAAUACGGCACGCAACGUGUAAUCUCGUUCUUACGACAGCUGCUCGAACAUAAGGGCUUCUAUAGGGCAAGCGAUCAUUCAUGGGUGCACCUGGAGCGCAUCCAAUUCGUGGGCGCCUGCAACCCGCCCACCGACCCCGGCCGGAAGCCUCUGUCACACAGGCUGUUGCGUCACGUUCCAGUCAUCUAUGUCGACUAUCCGGGAGAAACUUCGCUGGAACAGAUCUACGGUACAUUCACCCGCGCAAUGCUGCGCAUGCAACCCGCUCUGCGCGGCUACGCGGAGCCUCUGACGCAGGCUAUGGUCAAACUGUACCUGGCGUCGCAAGAACGCUUCACACAAGACAUGCAGCCGCACUACGUGUACUCGCCCCGUGAGAUGACGAGAUGGGUGCGCGGUAUAUGCGAGGCUAUCAGACCCCUAGAUAACCUGACUAUAGAAGGUUUGGUGAGACUCUGGGCCCACGAAGCGUUGCGUCUGUUUCAAGAUCGUUUGGUUGAGGAUGCCGAGAGACAAUGGACUGAUGAAAACAUCGAUAAUGUUGCUAUGAGAUUCUUCCCAGGUAUCAACAGAGAGCAAGCUUUAGCUCGGCCAAUUCUCUACAGCAACUGGUUAAGUAAGGACUAUGUACCAGUCCAAAGAGAUCAGUUACGUGAAUAUGUGAAAGCUAGAUUGAAGGUGUUCUAUGAAGAAGAAUUGGACGUCCCAUUGGUUCUAUUCGAUGAAGUGCUGGAACACGUGCUAAGAAUCGACCGGAUCUUCCGCCAACCGCAGGGACAUCUGUUACUCAUCGGUGUGUCGGGAGCCGGCAAGACUACGCUCAGUCGUUUUGUGGCUUGGAUGAACGGACUUAGCAUCUUCCAGAUCAAGGUCCACAAUAAAUACACGGGUGCGGACUUCGACGAAGACUUGCGCUCGGUACUACGGCGCGCCGGGUGUCGCGAUGAGAAGGUGGCCUUCAUCCUGGACGAAUCCAAUGUGCUAGAUAGCGGCUUCUUGGAGAGAAUGAAUACGCUGCUUGCUAACGGAGAGGUGCCUGGACUGUUUGAAGGUGAUGAGUUUGCAGCUCUGAUGACGCAAUGCAAAGAAGGCGCUCAAAGAGAAGGCCUUAUGUUGGAUUCUAACGACGAACUGUAUAAGUGGUUCACUGGUCAAGUAAUGCGCAAUCUCCACGUAGUGUUCACUAUGAACCCAUCUUCGGAAGGCCUAAAGGACCGCGCCGCCACGUCACCGGCUCUGUUCAACCGUUGCGUACUUAACUGGUUUGGAGAUUGGAGCGAUGGAGCACUGUUCCAGGUUGGAAAAGAGUUCACAACGCGAAUGGACCUCGAUUGGUCGGAAUAUGUUCCACCGGAAGAGUUCCCGGCAGCUUGCGGUGAGAUAGGCGCAAGACCAUCGCAUCGAGCUGCGGUUGUCAACGCGUGCGUAUACGUGCACCAGACGCUGCACCGCGCUAAUGCCAGGCUGGCCAAGCGCGCCAACCGCACCAUGGCCAUAACACCAAGACACUACCUGGACUUUAUCCAGCAAAUGGUGAAACUGUACUCGGAGAAACGCGCGGACCUCGAAGAGCAACAACUGCACUUGAACGUCGGGCUGGGCAAGAUUGCGGAAACCGUCGAGCAAGUUGAAGAGAUGCAGAAGAGCCUUGCUGUUAAAUCACAGGAAUUGCAAGCAAAGAACGAAGCCGCUAACGCCAAACUACGCCAAAUGGUGAAAGAUCAACAGGAAGCUGAAAAGAAAAAAGUCGAGAGUCAGGAAAUUCAGGUUGCUCUAGAGCAGCAAACAAAGGAAAUAGAAGCGAAACGCAAGGACGUAAUGGCCGACUUGGCACAAGUCGAGCCCGCUGUCAUCGAGGCGCAAAACGCGGUCAAAUCCAUUAAGAAGCAGCACCUGGUGGAGGUGCGCUCCAUGGGCAACCCGCCCGCCAUCGUCAAGGUGGCGCUCGAGUCCAUCUGCCUGCUGCUUGGCGAGAACGCGACCGACUGGAAGGCCAUCCGCGCCGUCAUCAUGCGCGAGAACUUCAUCAACAGCAUCGUGUCCAACUUCAGCACCGAGGACAUCACUGACGACGUCCGCGAAAAGAUGAAGACCCGUUACCUUAGUAACCCGGAUUACAACUUCGAGAAAGUGAACAGGGCUAGUAUGGCCUGUGGUCCUAUGGUCAAAUGGGCUAUUGCUCAGAUUGAAUACGCAGAUAUGUUAAAACGCGUGGAGCCGCUGCGUAAUGAACUCCAGGCUUUGGAAGACCAGGCGCAAAGCAACGUUAAAGCUGGAAAUGAAGUGCGCGAUCUGAUAGCGCAAUUGGAAAAGUCUAUUGCUUCAUACAAAGAGGAAUAUGCGCAGCUUAUUAGUCAGGCUCAAGCUAUCAAGACCGACCUGGAGAAUGUGCAAGCUAAGGUGGAUAGAUCUAUAGCGCUGCUGAAGAGUUUGGUGAUUGAACGUGAACGUUGGGAAGCCAGUUCAGAGGCAUUCCGCUCGCAAAUGAGUACCAUAGUCGGAGACGUCCUACUUUCUGCCGCUUUCAUAGCUUAUGGUGGAUACUUUGAUCAGCAUUAUCGUCAAAACCUGUUCUCGACUUGGACAACCCAUUUGGCGGCAGCCAAUAUCAAGUUCCGCGCUGACAUAGCUCGCACUGAAUACCUCAGUAACCCUGACGAGCGCCUCCGUUGGCAAGCCAAUGCCCUACCAACCGACGAAUUGUGCGUGGAGAACGCUAUCAUGCUUAAGAGAUUCAACCGCUACCCGCUUAUCAUUGACCCGUCAGGCCAAGCCACCGAAUUCAUAAUGCGUGAGUUUAAGGAGAGAAAGAUUACCAAGACUUCCUUCCUUGACGACUCGUUCCGAAAGAAUUUGGAAUCAGCUCUACGUUUUGGUAAUCCUUUACUGGUGCAGGACGUUGAGAACUACGACCCAAUCUUGAACCCCGUACUGAAUAGAGAGUUACGUCGUACUGGCGGACGUGUUCUCAUCACACUUGGUGACCAGGACAUCGAUCUCAGCCCCUCAUUCGUGAUCUUCUUGAGCACUAGGGACCCAACUGUUGAAUUCCCUCCGGAUAUGUGUUCUCGAGUAACUUUCGUUAAUUUCACUGUAACACGCUCUUCACUCCAAUCGCAGUGCUUACAUCGAGUUUUGAAGGCUGAAAGGCCUGAUAUUGACACUAAACGCUCCGACCUACUUAAACUACAAGGUGAGUUCCAUCUCCGUCUUCGCCAGCUAGAGAAAUCCCUGCUUCAAGCACUUAAUGACGCAAAGGGCAAAAUACUUGAUGAUGAUUCAGUCAUUGCGACACUCGAAACCCUUAAGAAAGAGGCAGAUGAUAUUGGUUUGAAGGUCGAAGAGACAGACAAAGUCAUUGGUGAAAUCGAAACCGUCAGUCAACAAUACCUGCCCUUAUCCCAAGCAUGCAGUAGCAUCUAUUUCACAAUGGAAGCUCUUCACCAAGUGCACUUCCUGUACCAGUACUCUCUCAAGAUGUUCCUCGACAUCUUCAGCACGGUCCUCGUGUGCCCCGGCCUGAACGGCGUCACCGACUACACCGCUAGGCUGAUGACCAUCACUGAAGAGCUGUUCACCGCGGUAUACGAGCGCGUAGCACGCGGUAUGCUCCACACGGAUAGGCUAACGUUCGCAUUGCUGCUGUGCCGUAUCCAGCUAAAGGGCACCGGUGCCGAAGACACUCUGGACCAGCAGUUUGGAGUAUUCCUACGUGGACGCGAGGGUCAUGUGGCGUCCACGCCGACACUCGAGUCUCUGACGAACCAACAGCAUGAAGCCGCUGCUAGAUUGAGCUCCCGGCUGACUUCGUUCCGUCGCUUGCUGGAUAAAGCGGCGUCGCUGCCCGAGUUGUCAGCGUGGCUGGCGCAGGCGGCGCCCGAACAGUGCGUGCCAACGCUCUGGGACGGCGAACCAUCCGCACCGCCUAAACCGCACACGCUCGCUAUGCACCGUCUGCUACUUAUACAGGCCUUCAGGCCCGAUCGCGUGAUAGCAGCGGCGACUCAGCUCGUCGCCUCAGUGCUGGGGCCCGGCUUCAUGGCCAAGGCGGAGACGGAGCUGGAUCUGUCCAGUAUCACGGAGACUCAACUGAACGCCACCACGCCGGCGCUGCUGUGCUCCGUGCCCGGAUAUGACGCUAGCGGUCGCGUGGAUGACAUGGCAACCGAGCUGAACAAGCCACUUUCGAGUAUCGCUAUCGGAUCUGCAGAAGGAUUUAACCAGGCGGAACGCGCCAUCAAUACAGCUUGUAAAACUGGAAGAUGGGUGAUGCUGAAGAACGUCCACCUGGCGCCAGUGUGGCUGGUACAGCUGGAGAAGAAGCUGCACUCGCUGCAGCCGCACCCCAACUUCCGCCUCUUCCUCACCACGGAGAUCAGCCCCAAGCUGCCCGUCAACUUGCUGCGCGCCGGCCGCGUUCUUGUCUUCGAGCCUCCUCCUGGUAUCCGCGCCAAUCUGCUAAGAACCUUCGCUACCGUGCCAGCAGCUCGAAUGAUGAAACAGCCAUCUGAACGCGCUAGACUUUACUUCCUACUGGCGUGGUUCCAUGGAAUCGUGCAAGAACGCUUACGCUACGUACCGUUAGGCUGGGCCAAGUAUUACGAGUUCAACGAGAGUGAUUUACGUGUGGCUUGCGACACGCUCGAUACAUGGAUCGAUGCCACUGCCAUGGGUCGUACCAACUUGCCUCCAGAGAAGGUCCCGUGGGAGGCGCUGGUGACGCUGCUGUCUCAGUGCAUCUACGGAGGCAAGAUCGACAACUUGUUCGACCAGCGCUUGCUGCACUCCUUCCUGUGCAAGCUCUUCACUCCGAGGUCUUUCGAGGCUGACUUCGCUCUUGUAGCUAACGUGGACGGGGCAUCUGGAAACCAGCGCCACAUCACGAUGCCAGACGGCAACAGACGUGACCACUUCCUCAAGUGGAUCGAAGAGCUUUCCGACAGACAGACUCCGUCCUGGUUGGGACUGCCCAAUAAUGCUGAAAAGGUUCUCCUAACAACCCAAGGCAGCGAUCUGGUAUCUAAGCUCCUGAAGAUGCAACAGCUUGAGGAUGAAGAGGAACUGGCGUACAAUGCCGCGAGUCAAGACCAUGAUCCCAAUUCUAUUGUAGUGGUAGGCGACGGAAGACCAGCCUGGAUGAAGACGUUGCACCAAACCGCUACCAGUUGGUUGCAGCUGCUACCGCAGGAACUACCGACCCUACGUCGCACGGUGGAGAACAUCAAGGACCCGCUGUAUCGUUUCUUCGAGCGCGAGGUGGCGGCCGGCGCCUCGCUGCUGCAGCAGGUGCUGCACGACCUGCGCAACGUCAUCGCUAUCUGCCAGGGGUCGAUGAAGCAGACGAACGAGACGCGCUCGAUGGUGGGCGCGCUGGUGCGCGGCAUGCUGCCGGCGGGCUGGCGGCGCUACGCCGUGGCGCGCGGCUGCACGGUGCAGCAGUGGGUGGACGACUUCGCGCGCCGCGUCGGCCAACUGGCGCACGUGUCGCGCACCGUCGCCGACCAGGGCGCCAAGCGGCUGCAGAGUAUCCCCGUGUGGCUUGGUGGGCUGCUGAACCCGGAGGCCUACAUCACCGCGACGCGGCAGUGCGUGGCGCAGGCCAACUCCUGGUCACUCGAGGAACUGAACCUGCAGGUGACGAUUCCGGACCCCGGCACGCCGGCAGAGAACUCUCAGACGGAGUGGUCGUUCUCGGUGACGGGGCUCAAGCUGCAGGGCGCCACCGUCAAGGGCAACCGCUUGCUGCUCACCAACACCAUCAUGGUGGAUCUGCCUUUGACCGUGCUCACUUGGAUAAGAGGCGCGGAACCGGCGAGCGCGGGUCAGACUUUGACACUGCCCGUGUACCUCAACAGCGCGCGUUCCGAACUACUGUUCACCGUACGCCUGCCCAUCGCGGCCGGGCAGGAACCGCACGCGUUCUACGAGCGCGGCGUGGCGCUACUCACCUCCACUGCGCUCAACUAAGGCCCAUCGUGAUCAACUAACCCCUAUCGUGAUCAACUAAGCCCGUCGCAUUCAACUGCAGCUUUUAUAAAUUCUCUCGCUAAAUAAUAUUCAACCACUUCCCAGUUACAUCCCAGAAUUACAAUUUAAUGUAUUUUAAAGUGCACGUAAUUAAUAAAGUGUUAUUAAAUUAUAUAAUUCGUCACUAGUAUAUGAUAUAAGCAUAUAUUAUGUAUUAUUUAUUCAAGAA